GGAAUUAUUGAGAUGCUCUAGUCUGGCCGAAAAUGGCGACUUCUUGUGGGCGUCCUGUCUUCGGAAUCGUGUUUGGGUGAAUUUAAUCUGAGUUUUCAUGCUGCAAUUGACUGAAAUCUUGACGUAGGUUAACAAAAUUUUUUGGCAACAAUUGCUGUGAGUUGUUUACUCUCGAUCGAAAUUGUGUGGUGGUUGGUGACCGGCCUUGAACGUCACUUCAGUUUUGUCACAGCACAGCCGCCCGGCCGGCCGUUGACGUGCGUUGUUCAUCCCAUUGAAUUUGUACGGCGGAUGUCGAUGACAGAAGAACAUAAGGAAAUCCCGUAACACAGUGCUUUCACAAAGUGCCCGGUACAUCAUCCAACUUUACUGGGUGCAAAGGACCAGAUAGUUCACCAUGAGUGUUGAGAAGUCCAUCUGCCAGGCCUAUGCCUCGGUGAUGCUGUAUGAUGACAACCACAAGAAAUGGGUUUCCUCCGGGAACCAAGGCAUGUCCAGGGUGCACAUCUACCAGCAUUCGGUCAACCAAACAUUCCGUGUUGUGGGAAGGCUUUCAACGGACCAAUCAGUUGUCAUCAACUGCUCCAUCGUGAAGGGGCUGAAGUACAACCAGGCCACGGCCACAUUCCACCAAUGGCGGGACAGCCGACAGGUCUACGGGCUGAACUUUCAGAGCGUGGAAGAGGCCGAAAGCUUUGCGUCGGCCAUGAUGCAGGCACUCGACUUACUAUCAUCGCAAGCUCCAGCAGGCCAGUCAGCCCAGCAAAACUUCCAGCAGCAGCAGCAGCAAGCAGCAGCAGCACAAGCACAGGCAGAAGAAGAGGCAAGACAGAGGGCGCAAGAGCAGCAGAGGGCACAGCAAGAACAGCAACGACGACAGCAGGAAGAACAGCUCAAACGGGAGCAGCUUGAACGGCAGCAGCGACAAGCCGCCGAGGCUGCAGCUCCUGCUGGCCCGCCCCAACCUCCGGCCCCGCCACCAGCGCCACCAGCUGCCCCCCAAGCCCCGCCAGUACCCUCUGCCCCAUCACAACCACAGACAUCACCCAGUGCUGGCCUGCCACCAGGUGUGCCCCCUCCCCCGCCUCCCCCACCACCCCCUGGGGCAGGUGGGGGUCCCCCUGCACCCCCACCUCCACCCAGCGGUGGUGGUGGGCUGGCUGCGGCAAUCGGUGCGGCCAAGCUCAAGAAACGGGAGGAGCCCUCCAGUGCAAGCAGUUCCAGUAGCAAUGCGCCGAGCAAAGCCGGUGGUGGAGGAGGUGGAGAUUUUAUGAGCGAAAUGGCGAAAAAAUUACAGUUACGCAAGCAGAAAACAGAGAGCGGGACAGGUGGUGACAGCAAGCCGCAACAAAACGACGUCGGACAUCCUAGAACUGUUUCAGAUGGCGGUGUAAAAAAGCCAUGGGAGAAGCCAUCAGGUCCGCCCACGGCCGGCAGAUUUGGAUCCAAAACCAACGGCAUAUCCCAUGAGGCCCAAGUCAGCUCGCCUAAACUCAAACGGCGGGGCUCAAACCAGAGCAACGGCUCGUCAAACGAGAGUGAAAUGGAGCGACUCAAGCAAGAGAUCCUGGCAGAUAUCCGAGUCCAGCUCAACGAGGUCAAGCAAGAAAUCAUCGAAGCCGUCAAAGCCGAGCUGAGUAAAAGAUAAGAGGAGCCCAACCAUCGACCAAUCCGUCAAAUUUCAGUGCCUCAAAUUGUAUAAACAGCGCCAUCAGUUGUCUUAACUAGGUGUAUGUUAUGCUCUAUAUAUACUAUAGGUUGCUUUUAUUUACACAGCAGACACCACUUGUUGGUUACUUUUUCUACCCUCGUGUUUUUGAGGGGGCAAAACUAACCUUCAAAAAUAGCCUCACUAUGUGCAAAGAAUUGUGGCUAUGUGCAAAGUGGUUUGCACUAUUUAAUUUUGGUCUUAAGGGAACUGCAAAUGAAUAUAUAAAAGUGCUCCCUUGAAUGUAUUAUUAUGGGCAUCAGAUAUUAGCGUUUUACUUUAUUAUUGUAUGAAAAUGUAGGUCUUGGGGAUAUAUUUAAUUGUUCUGCGUUACACAGAUUCCAAAGGUAAUUACCCAGCUAGUACAUGCAUGUAGAUUUCGUACUAAUAUUAGGAGUAUGCAUGGAAUCCUACCGGUAUGUAGUUUGUAUGAACACAUCACAUAAUAGGGGCCAUUAGAAAUUGUGCAGGUACAGGAUACGAAUGCGGCGUGGAAGAAAAACUAGCUGGUUGUUUGCCAUUCUGUGUGGAUAUUUCACAAAACCCACACAUACAUUGUAUACAUCUUAACCAGUUUACGCCGGGAUUAUUUUGGCAAGAACAGAACGAGGCGCGGGAUUUAUUUUCACUCGACCUCAAGCCAAGCGGGUUGAAGCCAUCGCCCUCGGGCAGCACACUCAUACUUCCGGCCUCGCUCGCUGUGAAUGGGUCACUGACAGAUAUUUCCGGCCUCGCUCCCUGCAUGUUUAUCUGUCAUCCGUUCGUCAAAACUUCGCAUGUAUACACGGCCUCCAGCGCGAACUGGUU